AUGGAGACUAUGACGGCGAGGACCACAUACACUGGCGAACUUCCGCGCGCCCCUUCAUAUCCUGGCGAACUGCAACCCGAGGCGCGACGGACCACGACACGCGUUAGUGAGCAGCCUCCCUCGCUGUCCCAACCCGCUUCGCAGGAGUCUUUCGUCAGCAGCAAUGUAUCCCAGGCGACUCAGGCGACCACACACACCGAACUUACCUCCCCAUCCUCCCUAUCUCGCGACGACGCGGCGGCUAACGCGUCUCGAGCGUUAACUCCGGAAGAGCCCAGCUCUGCUCAUGCGAACAACCACUCAGCGCUGGCGAGUCCCAUGUCUAUAACGUCUCCGGUCACGGUCGGGACGAAACGUACGGCCAAUGGACACGUCAAGAAUGCACCCAGUCUGGGCAGCAAUUAUCCCAUCGAUCAGCGGUCGCGAAGGGAAUCGACCGCGUCGUCGGGAAGCAGGGCUGGAGAGCUGGCAGCGAGUCUCAAAGAACGUCUCGGAUAUGCGUUCCUCAAAGUUCAACACGGCUGGGAGCAUAAAUCACUGAACGAGGUUGAGCAUCUAGCCGCCCGUGCCCGUAACAACAGAGCCAGCAUGACGCAAGUCGAAUCACGACCCAACACCAGCAGACUGAGCAACGGAGCCGCCAACCUCUCCAUGUACGACAGGAUAUACAAUACAGGAGCGCAAGAUGUGUCUGCGCCACCUUCCAAACGACACUCUGGUACCUACCACAUGCAGUACUCCCAACCGCAGCAACCCUAUCAACCCAGCUUGCAGCCAGCACUGGACAUCCGUCCUGGAUCCAGCCAGCAAUCGCACAUUCAAUUUUCAUCCUCACAGCCUGGGGGCUACAACAGCACGGCCAUGUCUCCUCCAAGAACCCCGAGUAGCGACCAUCCGCGUCGUCCACCAACCAUUAGGACAGAGACGCAAACAAAGGCAGCCGAGCAAGAAGCUCUCCAAGCGUUAUGGCAGUUGGGCUCGCCUCACAAUUCUCAGCAUCCUCCACAGAGUAGCACAUCCAGUCAGCAAGCUUCGCCGUUGAAGACACCCAUGGACCUUUCAGCAACGCCCCGCCGAGUGACAUUUGCAAGGAGUGAGAGUAACUCUAGCACCGCUAGCAGCGGCUAUAUCCACGACAGUCGAGCGAGGGCUCUUGACGAUUUGGAAAACCGAUAA